AUGGACGACGCAAUCAAAAUCAAGAGCCAGAUACCACCAAUGAUGGAUCUUUCUGCAAAUACCAUCACGCAGAAUGUCCACACAAUCAAUUCUCUCUGCCCUGAUCCACGUUUGAAAUGGGUGAUUGGACGGCUCGUCACUCAUCUUCAUGACUUCGCGCGAGAGACCAGACUGAGUUCCGAAGAGUGGAUGAUAGGGUUGAAGUUUCUGACAGAAACCGGCCAGACAUGUACGGAACUGCGACAGGAAUUCAUCCUGCUGUCAGAUAUUUUGGGUCUUUCCCUCGUGGUGGAUUCAAUCGAUCACCCGAAACCACCGCAUUCGACCGAAGGCACACUUUUGGGACCAUUUCAUACUCAUGAUGCUCCGGACUUGAACAACGGAGAUUUGAUGUCGCAUGACCCUCACGGCGAGCCGCUUCUAGUGCUCUGCACCAUAAAAGACACCUCCGGUAGGCCCAUAGAGGGUGUCAAUGUCGACAUCUGGGAGACGGAUUCGACUGGCCUUUACGACACGCAAUACACAGACCGAAAGGCCGCGGAUGGGAGAUGCGUCAUCAAAAGUGACAAGAAUGGGGCCUUCUGGUUCAAGGCGAUAACACCUGUUCCGUAUCCAAUUCCGCAUGACGGACCUGUCGGAAAGCUUUUGAAGCUGCUACAUCGACAUGCUUAUAGGCCGAGCCAUAUGCAUUUCAUGUUUCAAAAGAAGAAGUUUGAUCAUCUCAUCACAGCAUUAUACCUCCGCGGAGACCCCUUCGAAAGCAGUGACCCGGUGUUUGGGGUGAAGGAAUCCCUGCUUGUCGACCUCGACCAAAUUGACGGUGAUACGGCACAAAGAUACGGAGUCUCGGCACAGAGUAAGGUCUUGAGGCGUGACUUCGUGCUUGUGACUGAACAAGAGUCGGCCGAAUUGAGAAAUAAAAAGACGCAGGAGGCCUUUGGCGCCGCAGGCUUUGAGUAUAAACUUUGGAAUGGGAUGCCAGUUCCCGAUGUCGACUGA